UUUUCACAUAACCAUAGAAUAAAAAAAAGUCCUUGGGUCCACUCACACGAGAUUAUAUUCUUUUCCUCGAUGACAGCUCGGUGAAUCGGCUGGUAGUCGAAAACGUUAUGUUCCCUCUGUCGUCGAGUGAGGCGCCCUUCUCGAUCAACGCCCUGGCUAUAUAUAUGCGUGUUAUCGAGAGUCAUCGGCACCACAAGCAUAAUCCGUAAAUAUCUCUAACCGUGACGUCGGCUCCCUUUUCCAUCAAAACCGGCACCGCAGUUCGCGCGCGGACUAGAACACGACCGGCUGCAACAAGCAGCGGCGUCAUACCCACCUCGUCGGCGGCAUUGACGUCGGCUCCUUUUUGCAGUAGCAGCUCCGUCACCUGGACUUGGCUGUUUUUCACCGCGUAGUGCAAGGCGGUUCGCCCGUUCGAGUCCCGAGUGUGCAUUCGUGCGUUCGGUUUCCAACAUCUCGAUCGGCAGAUUAUAGCUAUCGAUAAACGAUUUUAUUCGGAAUUAUAUGCGCGACCGGCCGGCUUCGACUCUCGUUUCCGACUGGCAAGCUUUGCGCAGAAUUUCGAAUAUAUCCAGGCAGUCGAUCCAUAAGGCGUGGAAAACAUAUAUGGGGCCUGCCUUUAUUCGGCUUUUGCCUUAGCCGAUUUUUCAUUUAUUUCUAUACCUGCAUGCAGCGAAGGUUCCUGGUUUUAUAUACUGCAGGGGUUUACUCGUGUUAUUCUAACGCUGAUGUCCUGCGAAAAGUCGCGCACGGUGAAAAUUAUUGUAAAAUUAGCGGCAAAUGCCGGUGGCGAGCUUUGCAGGAUUCGGGGAUCACCCGGCAUUUAAACUCUGCCGCAUUUAAACUACACGCAUGCGCAGAAUGCAACACUCGUCCAGCAGCCUUUCAUAUAUAUAUGCAUAAUGCAGCUCAGCUGAUAUGAUAGCUAGACUUCGCUUAUUUCAACUUUCAAGUCCUUACCGUAUGCCUAUUGUAGUAUCCAUAAUGCUCUUGUUAUUCAUUUUAAUUAGCACCGAUUUGAAGAUGCAGUUCGGAAAUAGUUCAUAGUUCAGGCGACAUCGCUACUCCGAAAUCGAUAAUCUCUGUGUUGAAAUUAAUUUUGCCGGGACGAAAAACUUCCUAGAUUUGCAAGUAUAUCUUGAAAAGUGCGAAAAUUCCCAAAUUUAACAACAAUAUCUGUCUCAAUAUAUAUCUAUUUUUCCUGCCGUUAUUGUUAGCGAAUUGCCAAGCCGAAUCCGUACUAUACAGUAACUCUCCGGUCUCCAACAAUAUAACGCUUAUACACUUUUCCCCUUUGUGACGUAUCGUUAUUUUAUUUUAUAUAUACGAGUACACAACUAUAUAUUAAAAGCCAAGAAGCAUUUUAGCUGCAACUCGCGCUAAAGAUAUACAAAGCGUGACUCAAGGAUAAUGAAGAGAACAAUGAGCCGGACUCUUCAAUCGUGAAUACUCUGGUCGAAGAAACGCGACACAUCUGGAGAGCUGUACUUUUGUUUAGAAAAAAACAAUGGAUUUCGUCGGCGAAGGGGAGGACGAUUGUUUCGAGGACAUUUCCGACGAUUUGCUAUCUAGCAUUGAUACACCGACUGAAGAAUUGACAAAUGAUGCCUUGGAUUUCAAAGAUAGGAUAGUAUUUCAAAAAGAAAUUGUCUUCAACAAACUUCUGCCUUAUGCUGAUAUACUUGACAGCGAAGCCGAUGCUUUGUUGGCAAAAAUCAAAGCAAAUUUAGGACGAUGCAUUAUGCUGAGGGACAUCAAACCAGGCUGCGCAGUUUGGUCAAAUAUGUUGCAAAAGUACAUAACUUUGUACGAUUUGAGGUUUUCAAAAGAAGACCACAUCACUUUUAUCAAGCUGAUGUAUGAAUUACUGACUAUUCCAAAUCUGGAGCCAUCCUUAAUUAGUGCCUUUGGCUAUCGCCUGUACAUGCUGCUCAGGAAAAGUGACUUGAUAUCACCUAAGGAGUUGGAAUUACCAUGGAGACCAUUAUUCGAUUUGUGCAAUCGCAUCAUGCCAAAAAAACCACAUUCAGUUACUUGUGAAAACUAUCCAACUCAGCUGAAAAAUUUGUUGGAUUCAAUAGUUUGUUUUUCAAAAAUUUACUUUCCUGUAAAUGCCACACAAGAAAUCCUAGAUGAAUUAAGGCCUCAAGUUUGUCCAUUUAACGGCUACUUGAUGCAAAUCACUAUGAAAAGUUUUCAGUUAUUUUUACCAGUACAAUUAGCUCCAGAGCACCAUUCAUUGAGCCAUGAACUGUGGUUUCAUGAAUUUAUGAAACUUUGGGAUAUUUGCAGUGCCAGUAGUUAUACAUGGGGAAACAGUGUGAUGCAUUUAAUGUCAAAAUUGGCUUAUUUCAACAUUGGAUAUAUUGACUGGGAGCCUUACAUACCUUUGAUGUUUACGAGAUUUGUUCAAAGCUUCAAUUUACCCGUCACCUACAAAAAGAUAAGGUGUAAUAGUACUUGCAGAAUGACUCCUUAUUACAUAGCUGUCUGGAUCACAUCUGUCCUGGGGCCCAAAUCGAAUGCACAAACUUAUUUGGAUAAAUUUCUAAAGACAGUGGAAACAUACUUUCAUCCAGCCAACUAUGGCUCUUGGCUUAAAAAGCUUGGAGAACUAUUUGUAAAUAUUUCAUACUUUGUAGUCUUAAGGAUAAACAGGGAACGAUAUCAGAACAAUUCUAACAAACCAAACUGGAAAAUUCCAAUUCCCGACUCUCACAAAUUAACAGACGCUGAAAUCGAUGCAUUUGUUGAAAGUAUGAUGCCAAUCGCGAUGCUUGGUAUUUUUAACAAACGCUACACACAGUUGUUCUACGAUGCCUUAAAAUACCUCGCCGAUAUGAGACCAAAUCUUGUAAUACCGAGCAUACUAGAGAAGAUUUAUCCCACCCUUGGUAGUGACAUAGAACCUCACAAAAUGAUCACUGCGAUGACGUGUAUGAUCACAAUAUCUCGCCCAUUGGUUCAGGGAUCCCGCAUUUGUAACAAAGAGUACGCGUUUCAGCAAGGACCGUUUCACGUUCUUUCGCUGCUAUUUACCUCGCUUUCGGGUAUAGACCCGAACGAUGCGAACAAAUGUUUUAUAACGUUUCGUCUGAUUGCAACCUACGUUACGAUGAUACCCCUAGUGGACUGCAGCCAGUCGACCGCAGAGAUGAGCGAAGACGAUCGAUUAGUUUGCGAGGAAACGUCACGAUUCGAAGACUUUGUAUUACAAUUCAUGGAUAAGGUAUUUGUUUGGAUUGACUCGAGCGCAGUGGUCUCGGUUCGUUUAGAGAAUAAUACCAAUGGCAAUGGUAAGAGUCGCUCAGAAGCGAUGGCUGAAUCAGCCCUGAAUCGCGUAUUCGCGACGGUUCUCCGACAAUGUAGUCAUCCGAUUUUCAUGAGUGCUCUCGGUAAACUGCGGAGCUUUAUUAUAGAGCACGUACUAGAGACACAGGUGGCAGGACAGUUAGUGGGCGUUUUAUGCAAAGUCUUUACUAGUGUUAAUAGCGAGGAGACUCUGAAGGCCUUAGUUCCAUUCCUCUCAGAGAAGAUACUCGAUGCUAUUGGAGAAGGCGACGAGAUCCUCAAGGCAGAUAACCUGGACAACCAAUUGCUUUAUCCGCUUUUACUGCUAAACAGACUUGUGCUUACUCAAGGAAAGUACUUACUGCCAUACAUGGAUACUCUGCUGAAAGUGAUUGAUAAGACCAUUAUGCUAAAGUCUCGCGAGGGCAAUAUGCUUGGCUGCUUCACUCUCAGCAACGUUUUUCAGUCGUUCUCUACAGUCACGUUUAUUAAUGUUGAAAGAAAUCUAAACAAUCCUCAGUAUCCAUAUGUUCAAGAUUGGGGUGAGACAAUUAAAAUUAAGGGAACGAAGAUACAAUCUUAUACUCCUGGCGAAAAAGAGGAGGAGGUACUGCAAGAAAUAUUUAUAAGAUACUUCAUGCCGACUGUCACGAAGAUACAGAAUUUCAUAAAGUCACAGAACUCGUUAUCUAGGGAUGACUUACAAAUCACGUUGAGAAUUCUUUUUAAUAUUUUGGAUGGUUGUGAUGCGGCUCUACCGUUUUGGUCGGAACCUGCUUUAAAAAUUGAGCCUUACGAGAAUUGCGUGGAACGACUCGAGCCUUUCCUGGGCUUUUCCGGAAAAGUGCACAUGCCCGACGGUGGCAAUGUUCGAUAUUUUUUGGUACAACUAAUGGCUGAACUGCAAGAGAUCAUGUUGAAGAAUGUUGAAGACGAUACGAAAAGCUUAACGAUAUUACAAUUGAUUUGGCAAUAUCUACUUCUCGGUAAAUUACGAUUGGCGAUGGAUUCGUGUUUUAAGUUCUCUACCAAUUACUGUAUAUCCAAAAAAGUCGUGGAGAACAAGAUGACGGGAAGCUUAGGAUGGUUUCCAAAUCUCGUUUUGGUUCGCGUUAACUCACAACAUCAAAUGCGCAAACUUUGCACUACUCCAGUAUUGACCGAAACUCACAUAAGUAUUUUGCUGCACUUGUUAAAGUUGAGCACUAGUCAAUAUAGUCGAAUCCGCAUGAGGGCUCAAGAAUCGUUAGUCAUGGCUCUCGGUUAUUUUCCAAACGCUUAUAUAGCGCUGAAACCUCAUAUUAUUGAAAUCCUUGAACGCGAUCCAACGGAUCAUCACGAUGCUUACAAAGGCAUUUUGUACUUAAUAACGCGAAAAAUAAAUCAACAAGAAUCUUUGUUGACUAGACAGGAUUGGGGAUUCCUUAAGAGUCUAUGGUCUGCUUUAGUAUUAUCUGGACCAUCCGAGAAACCCUCAGUUAUUCGGUUAAAGGACAUCAUCACGAAUGAGACCAUAGAUAAUUUUCACACAACCAAUAUUAAAACAGAAAUACCAGACAGCGUCGUAACGCUUGCUGCGAAAUUGUGGGAAAAUGAAUCCAUGAAACCUAAUGAGCCUCUACCCACAGAGAACGAAAUUACUCAAGGAGUAGAAAAGUUACGCGAGAAAGGAGAAAUCAAUUUAAAAGUGUAUAAUGAACUCUUGGAUAUACUUUUGCAUGCUUUACUAGAAAAGAAUUUGCACUGGAGGCAUCGUCAGAUAGCCAUGACUUUCAUUUAUGUUAUGUUAAAUGAGGAAGUAAAGUUCUCAGCGAAGAUAGUGCGAUUUUUCCUUAACUCGUUGAUUAAUGAAUCGAUAGACGAGAGGCGAAUGGCUUUGCGAGUAAUGUUAUUUGUCUUUAAGCAGCAGAAGAAAAAACAUAUCAAGAAAAAGAUCGACAUCCCAUUUAACAAUAAUAAUACUAUCACGGAGUAUGGAUCAAAUUCUUUGAUGAAAGUGCAACCAGGUUACCGCACAGAUAACGCUUGGCUCCAGUAUAAUUAUGAUAAUCGGCCUACAAAUUCUACUGAAUGGGAUGAGCCACGCUAUAUGCACAAGUCCAAUAUAGGCUAUUACGCUUGGCCUCGCGAGCUUGAGGUCUACGCGGCUUCCUGCGAACAACCAGGCUACGAAAAGUCGAGUCUCAGCGAACAGGAUAAAGAAAUCGAACAGUUCUUCGGAGAUCAGCAGAACGUUGACCGGUUAAUCGAGUAUUUGAGCCUCGAGGGCAAAAAAGGUCGUGACAAGUUUAGCAAUGGUCGAUUACUCGUGUUCAAGGGCCUAUUUCGUAACCACGGCGACUCAUUCCUCGGUAACUUUUUGCCACAUUUGCGUAAACUUGUAGCUGAUAAACAAGAAAGCUCGCAGCGUUGUGCUGCUGAGAUCAUCUGUGGUCUUAUUAGGGGUUCCAAACACUGGCCUUUUGAUAUGACUGAGCGGUUGUGGCAUGAGUUGUUACCAAUCAUUCGUAGCGCUCUAAGCAAUUUAACUGUCGAGACUAUCAAUGAUUGGACGCUCUGUAUAGCAAAUGCAAGCAAAGAUAGAGAUCCGAAUAAGUUGCAUUGGCUACUUGAAUGUAUCAUGGAAGAAUCACCACUUGGGCAAUCUGAAGCCUCGUUUGUGGAGAGUGGAAGGCUCAUGAUCUUACAGGGAGUCUUGUCAACACAAAUCUGGAGAGUCGGUGAACUGAUGAAUCGUUUAUUACUACGCUUUGAAAACAGAUUGCAAGAAAGUCCCUUUCAAAACGUGAGAGACCGAAUGGCUUCGACGCUAAUGUCGAUUUUUAGAGCCAAUGUGAAAUUCGAUCCAACGGUCAGCAACGGAAAUCCUUUCCCCGAAGUUAAUGACUUUUUGGAGAAAGUUUAUCCAAGGUUACAAUCUCUCCUGGACGAGGACGAGUCGUCAAGUUUGCUUGCGGAUGGGGUGGCAACUAUCAACACCGAGAGCGCUAAACUGGAGUCUUCGCAAUCGCGGUCUAGUCCAAACGGAAUUGAUCCAACGCGUGAGCGAAAUAUUAGACUAUUCAAAACGGUCUGCAGGUGGAUACUGGAAACGGUACUGGUUUCGAACCUGGACAAUCUUUCCAGUUUCUAUAAGAUCUACCCAAUAAUGUGUCAGUUUGAGAACAACGAGAAAGACGAAGAACUGUCGAAAACAUGUUCUGGAACUGUUGCCGUUCUGGCCCAGACCCUCACUCAACCUCGACACGUUCCAGCCGUACUAGACGCAGUGACAGGAAUUUCUAAAAGUACAUCUUGGUCUGCGAGAGCUAACUGUCUUGAGUUCCUGCAGGUUCUGGUCUUCCAUAACAUGAGCAUUUUACUGAGCAACGGGGCGUGGAUUAGCGCAAUUCAGGAUAUCGUACUGAACUUACUGCAAGACGAAAGGCUUGAAGUUAGGGAAAAGGCUGCCAAAGUUCUUGGUGGGUUGCUGCAUUGCACCAUUCUACCAAAUCAAGAAGGACUUUUGGAUGAGUUUAAAAAGAAGGCGAGAACAAAGCUUGGCAAUAAAAGGAAGAGACUUUUAGAAGAAAAAGAGGAAAUCGCUAUAACUGCCAAAAUAGUCAAUGCUGCGCGCUUACGCCACGCAGGUGUUCUUGGAAUGUGUGCUUUUAUUCAGGCACAUCCUUACAACGUGCCUAAGAUAGUUCCACCAAUUUUUGAAUGUCUUAGCUCGCAUCUCAAUGAUCCCGAACCUAUACCCAGUACAAUUCGUAAGACAUUAAACGACUUUAAGCGUACACACUGUGAUGGAUGGACGGGUCUCCAAGGCCUCGCUGAAAAAUUUACAGAAGAACAAUUCGCUCUUUUGCAAGAUUUGACGGUGCCACCUUCUUAUUACGCAUAAUUCGAACUUAAAACGAGAUUCGCUAUUUUUAACGAGAAGUCCGGCAUCCUUCGUUACGUAAUAUGCGCUGCAUUGUAAUUACUAAAAUCGUUAAAAUUUGUCUGUGUAAUGAUGACGCGACUUAUCGCAGUGAAAGUUUUGUAGAUAAUCAUUAUCACAACUACUUGCGGGUUUACAUUUUAAAUAAGAUAAUGCUUUGAAUUAAAAAUGUUUAUGUUGACGCGCACUUACUAUUGUGAUACUUACACGUUAAGAAUUUUCCCAGAAAAAUUACCGGCUAGUACGGUAAAAACUUUACAAACUUUAAGUAUGUAUGAGUUCAAAUUUUUAUGAUGUUGGCCGUGCUGGUUGGUAAGGUAAUUAUUUUCAGAAUGUUAUAGCGCCCUGAAAAAUAGCAUGAUAAUUUUUAUGGGAAAAUUCUUAACGUGUACCGACCAUUUUUAGGGAAUAAGCAUAACAUCAGAUUUAAGAUUUUUUUAUUCAUUCAAAUAGUUGAUACAAGAUAGAAAAUAUUUAUUAGUUUAUGUAUAUAAUAUUUAUAAGUUUACCGCUUUUGUCAUAGGUAUGUACUGCGUACCAAAUACCUUUUCUAUUUGUAACAAAAACCAAACCAAAAUUGAAGUUCGAAAAUAGAAAUAAAAUUGGAGUUAUAUUUUGUUACUCAUAAUGAUCGAUA